CUACGUUAAAGCUCAGCCACACGGGAGCACAAACACUGCCUGCGAAUAGUGAGAUUGAAAAAAGUCGCAGGGCCAUUUACGUCCUUUCGUUCCUUCUCCUCUCUUCUCUCUGCGGCUUCCUCCGAUCUUGCCUCGAUCACUCUUGUUAUCCUUUAAGCAACCUCAAAGGUGAGAGGAGGCAAAUAAAGCUUCAGGACAACAUUUAUUCGGCACGUUCAAGCUUUUUGAUUGUGGUCUUCUUUCAUUCUUUAUUUGAAGAUUCUUGUUUCAAUCUUCAUUCUCCUUCAUUUCUUUUGGCAAAUUCAACACCUACAUCAUAAGAGACAAAGUCUUGAGUUUUUUAUUGCGCUUGUGCUGGAGGCUUCUGGGAGAAUAGAAAGUCUUGGUGGGAUAGUCCAUGAGCUGCCCUAUGCUAUCGUUCUUGAAAUCGAAGUCAAUCAUUUUGGUUGGAAGCAUUCUGAUUUACUCUAAUAUCAUGAACUGGUGUUGUCUACAGUGUAGACUUGCAGUGUUCAUUCUGUAGUGGUUCCAGCUAGUCACAACAUGUGGAAUUUUGCAUCCAAUUUUAUAGCUGGAAGUAUGGGCCUGAAGCAUGAUGUUCUGAAGCCAACACAGGAUUCAAUGGAUUGCUCAGACGAUGGAGUUUCUUCCAUCGGCAGCAGAGAGGAGGGACUGGAAUGCCCUAUAUGCUGGGAAUCUUUUAACCUUGUCGAAAACAUACCCUUUGUCUUAUGGUGUGGUCAUACAUUAUGUAAAAACUGCAUACUGGGACUACAAUGGGCUGUUGUGAAAUUUCCUUCUUUACCUUAUCAGCUUCCACUCUUUAUAUCUUGCCCCUGGUGCAAUUUCUUAUCGCUCCGCCUGGUGUAUAGGGGAAACCUCAAAUUUCCUCGUAAGAACUUCUUUCUUCUCUGGAUGCUUGAGAGCAUGAAUGGUGACAGAGUUAAAUCUCACUCUUCCACGUGUGGGGAUCAUCAGGCCAUUUGGUCAUCUAGCACAAAAGCACCCGGAAGCCGUACAGGGAACUCUAACCACCGGAGGGGUCAGUGUACUCAUCAUUCUGAGCAUUUGGGAUCUGGAUCAAAUAACAAUGGUAAUCAGUUCAAUAGUUCUUUUGCUUUUGAGAGAUUGCAUUCAUCCCUCACAAAAUCCCUAGUUUUCUUUGUUCACUUGACAGCCAAGUUCCCCCUGGUCAUAAUUUUUCUCAUCAUCGUUUUAUAUGUCAUACCUGCCAGUGCAGCCAUCUUGGCCCUAUAUGUACUCAUCACAGUUGUCUUUGCACUUCCAUCUUUUCUCAUUUUGUACUUUGCAUAUCCAAGCUUGGAUUGGCUUGUUAGGGAGAUUAUCACAUGAGGUGCCAUGUCUUUGCAUUUUCUGGUGCCCUGUGAUUUCACCGCUGCACCACCAAAACUUGCAGUUCUUUAAGUUGUGAAUCCAUCGUUGUGCCAUGGUUUCGCUGUAACAACACUUGUAAGAACUCCUUUAUGUCUUUAGCCCUUUGAUUGUUCUACGCCGUGUCAAAAAGUCUCUGUUAGGUUACUAUAUUUCCGGUUGGGUGCUUGUGUUUUUCAUAAUUGGCACCAUCUGCCAAUCAAUGCUAUUCUGUGUAUAAUGGUAAUUCUAACAAGAAUAUUUGUUGGGCUUGAUUGUAUUUGUACAUCAUCAUGGUUUUCUUGUGGCUUGAACUAAAUCUAUUGAAUAUCCUUUUGUAUGCCUA